AUGCGCAGGAGGAGGCUGCUGACUGCUGUCCUUCUGUCCUCAGAGCCUCCCAAGAUGAACCCAGUGGUGGAGCUGCUGUCCUGGAUGCUGGGCACCUGGCUGUCUGACCCUCCGGGAGCUGGGACCUACCCGACCCUGCAGCCCUUCCAGUACCUGGAGGAGGUGCACAUCUCCCACGUGGGCCAGCCCAUGCUCAAGUUCUCGUUCGACUCCUUCCACCCGGACACACGCAGACCCCUGCACAGAGAGUGUGGCUUCAUCCGCCUCAAGCCCGACACCAACAAGGUGGCCUUCGUCAGCGCCCAGAACACAGGUGUUGUGGAGGUGGAGGAGGGCAAGGUGAAUGGGCAGAAACUGGGGAUCGCGUCCCACUCCAUCGCCAGGAUCUCCUUCACCAAGGAACCCCAUGUGGAGCAGGAUGGACUUCUGAAUAAGACUCGAGGUUCCAAACGUUUACAUGGAGGUCACAUGGAACGUGUGCAUUAG